CCACCGCGCCACUUCCGUUCAACCCCGCUUUCUGUUAGCGCCCAUCGAUUCUUUUUUGUCGAUGACAUGCUGCUAAUAAUCUCGACAGAAACGGCGAUAAAUACAUUCUAAUCAUUGCGAAGGUCGUUAUCUAAUGGAAUACAUUUAAAUCGAGUACAGUCGGACGUGCAUGCAGACCAUCAAAUCUCCAAAACAAGUCAACAACCGGCCUCAGUUUUUGAGGUUGCCAUUUCUGGCCCAAGUUUAUUCAAGGAACCGAUAACAGAGGACUAGCAUGGCAGAAGCCGACAAGCUGAACAUCGACUCCAUUAUACAGCGUCUGCUGGAAGUGAAAGGAUCCAGACCUGGCAAAAAUGUUCAACUGACAGAGAAUGAAAUCCGUGGUCUCUGUCUGAAGUCCAGGGAGAUCUUCCUCAGCCAGCCAAUCCUGCUUGAACUUGAGGCACCCCUCAAGAUUUGUGGCGAUGUUCACGGCCAGUACUAUGAUCUGCUCAGGCUGUUUGAAUAUGGAGGUUUUCCACCUGAGAGCAACUAUUUGUUCCUGGGUGACUACGUAGACAGGGGCAAGCAAUCCCUGGAGACCAUCUGCCUCCUGUUGGCAUACAAGAUCAAAUACCCAGAAAACUUCUUCCUUCUCAGAGGAAACCAUGAAUGCGCCUCCAUCAACAGAAUAUAUGGAUUUUACGAUGAGUGUAAAAGGCGAUAUAACAUUAAGCUGUGGAAGACCUUUACUGACUGCUUCAACUGUUUGCCUGUUGCUGCCAUUGUUGACGAGAAGAUCUUCUGUUGCCAUGGAGGUCUGUCUCCGGACCUUCAGUCUAUGGAACAGGUGCGAAGGGUCAUGCGUCCCACUGACGUACCGGAUCAGGGUCUCCUUUGUGACCUUCUGUGGGCCGACCCUGACAAGGAUGUGCUGGGCUGGGGGGAGAAUGACCGUGGCGUGUCCUUCACCUUCGGUGCAGAUGUGGUCACCAAGUUCCUUCACAAACACGACAUGGACCUCAUUUGUCGGGCCCACCAGGUGGUGGAGGAUGGAUAUGAGUUCUUUGCAAAGAGGCAGCUGGUGACUCUGUUCUCUGCCCCAAACUACUGCGGCGAGUUUGACAACGCAGGAGCCAUGAUGAGCGUAGACGAGACUCUCAUGUGCUCAUUCCAGAUUCUCAAACCUGCAGACAAGAAGCUGUUCUAUGGUGGUGGAGGGGGCAUGGGCUCUGGCCGCCCCGUCACCCCCCCAAGGAAAGCUAAGAAAUGACACCAGUCGCCAGCCCUUGACCUUCAACCCUUCAACCCUUCCUGCCCUCUCUACCUCUCUUGUCCUUUCUUUCACCAAACAGCCAGAAAUCAAACCUAUACCCAGGGCUUUUUUCCUUUUUUAUCUGUACUUCUUAAAACAUUUAAUGUUACCAAUUGUUUGAGUGGGUGAGCGAGUGAAUGUGGGCAGACGACAAACGUGGAGCGUCUGCCUGUGUGCAUCAAAAUCAUUUGUACAUUUGUUUGAGAGUAUUAGAGAUUUCUACUCUCCUUUUCUCUUUGCCACUCUCAGUGGACUGGUGCAAACCAGUGUCUGUCUAUACAGUAGUCAUGACUGAAAACACAGGUUUGGGAGAAACUACUGCGCUGACCUGAGCGGUCGAGCAGGAGACUCCUGCCAGCAGGUGGCGUGUGUGUACUUGUGAAGGAGGGCAGUGCAGUGUUUCCCUGUCCUCCCGUACUGUAAAAUCUCACAAGUGUGUGUGUACAUGUGUGUUGUGAAUAACGUUGCUUCACAAGAGUAAUGUCAAGCGCACACACACGUGUGCACACACGUACACAUGACUUUUCAGAUUCUUAUAAGCCAGAGCUGUAAAAACCCCAUACAGUUUAGGUUUGUACAGAUUUGAUUACUUGAAAGAGAAUUUUUUGUGAAUUCGUUUUGUAGUUGUUCACCAAGUUGACCAAUAAAGCAAGAAUCUG